AAUAGCAUGGAAGUUAGUAACAAUCAAGAUGGCUGCUACCAACUCGAAUAUAUCCAGUGAUAGUCCAACCAAGAAGGAGGACGAAUUCAAUGAAUUUUAUUCCGAAGUGAAAGAAAUAGAAAAAAGAGAUUCGGUAUUAACUCCCAAACAACAAAUUGACAGACUACUUCGACCUGGCUCGUCGUAUUUUAAUUUAAACCCUUUUGAAGUAUUACAAAUUGAUCCAUCCACGUCUAUAGAUGAAAUAAAAAAGAAAUAUCGACGUAUGUCAAUUCUUGUGCAUCCUGAUAAAAACCAAGAUGACGCAGAACGUGCACAACAAGCAUUUGAAAUUGUUAACAAAGCAUGGAAAACAUUGGAAAACGAAGAAACUAGAGCUAAAUGCAUGGAUGUUAUAGAAGAAGCAAAAGCUAGAACGGAUCAUAUGAUUGUAGAAAAGAAGAAAAAACUGAAAAAAGAGGGAAAAACAGAAAGUGCAAAUAUACUUGAAGAGGAAACAGAAGAAGGUUAUAGACAUGCAGUUUGGGUUAUGACAAUGAAACUCUUUGCUGACAUGGAGAGAAGAAGAAGGGAAUUAGCUACUAGAGAUGCAGAACAACGUAAAAGGAAACGGGAAGAAGAGCUAUCUGCAGAAGCACAAGCUGCAUUAGAACGUGAGUGGCAAAAAAAUUUUGAAGAAUCUCGACAAUCAAGAGUUGAUAGUUGGAAAGCUUUUCAGUCUGGUGCUAGUGCCACAAAACAAAAGAAAGCAAAAAAAUUAAAAGCUUUCAGGCCUCCUAAAACGAAAGCUGAAUCACGAUAAUUAAGUAACUGUUCCUGACACCUGACAUAGAUUCUUUUAUUUGAUCAGCAUUUCAUAUUUCUUGCAAAAAAAGUAGUUUAGAUAGCAUGUUUUCACUAUGUGACAGAUUAUUGAUUUCAUUAGAACUAAUUGGAAUUGUUCUCAUUUAAAAUUCGUUUCUUAAUUAAGAAUUUGUUAUUUAAAACUAGUUAAAAAAUUAAAAUCAGGUGUCAAAGUAGAGAAUGAAUUGUAAACAGAGUGAUGAGUACAUUGAGCAGCAAAGUGUGAGAAUGAUUAGUGUAUGUAUCGUUCACAAAUAAUUUGUGUGUUUGUUGAAUCUACAUGUAUGUAUGAACGUACAUAGUUGUGAUAUAUUUACAUGGCCCGAAUAAGUUCAACUUUAAAUAAAAGCUUGGUCUAAUGAAA